GACAGACUGAGCGACGUGGCAGCGCAUCUUUAGUGCCCCUCCCAUGAAUUUUGGUGUGACCGGGCAGCCAGAACAGUUUGUACCUCAGAACUCUAUCAUGUUUAAAACCAUGCAAAUCUUGGCCUUUGUUACCUGAAUGCUACUGAAUGAGCUUCUAAUUGGCUUUUUCUUAGGCGUCGUCGUUUCUUGACUAAAUGCUUUUGAUGCCCCGGAGUGGAAAUCUGCUUGUGUUGUACACAGCCAACAGUCGAGACAGUCUCGAUGACCAUAGCAAGGAGACCCUCUCGCAGCCCGCUCUCCGAGAGUCAACACAAACAGCCGUCGCCACACUGCUGCUUUUGAUCCGAAGCCGCUGCUGAUCAUGGACAUUGCCAAUCACGCAAACACGCACCCGUGACAGGGCUGAACCGACAAACACCGCGCAUGUGAGUUUCGUACACCUGAC